GGUGAUGUGAUAAAUGAAUUAAUUAUUUUCCUUUCUCCAUAAUACAAAAAUAUCACCAAAGUAAACUGUGGACGGUAGAUAAACUUAACAUUUGUAGCUAAAAGAGAGUAUUUUGACGGAAUUUAGUUAAAGUGAUAAACUGAAAAAGUGAGGCUAAUUUAUAAUGGCACUGGUUCCCUAUGAUUGUGGCAGUGGAAGUGAUGGAGAAAUAACUGACGACGAGGAAGUUUCUUCAAAAUCUGAAGUAGUCUUGAAUGGAAAACCAGCUUCUCCAAAUCCAGCCUUAGCACCCAUUGACAGUUCCACACCGUCAACCAGUGGCCUUUUCUCGCAAUUACCUCAAGCAAAACCCGCCAGAUCAAAUAUAGCCGAAGAAAAUGACCAAUUGGAAGAUUUCAUUCCCACAGUGAAAACCCUAAAAGAAAAAAGGAAAGUACAAAUUACAAUUCCGUCUUUGUCAGACUUCGAUGAUUUCAAUAACAGUGAUGAACCUUCAACAAAACGUGCGAAGCCCUCGCAGAAAGGCAGCGGUUUAUUGAGUUUAUUACCGCCAGUACAAUCUGUGCCCAAGUCUAAUGUCACUUUCGUACCUGAUGCUGUGAAGAAGAAGAGCGCUCCUAUGGUACCUCGAAUGGUGGCCAAAAAGAAAGCAAUAAUUUCCGAGUCUGCCAAAAAGGCUCUGUCAGCGAAAACUACCAAAAUUAGUACAGCAAGCGACAGUGAUACAGACAAUGAAGACAUCCCAUUACCUGAUAGUUUUGACGAUAAAAUGUGGGAAAAAGUUUGUGGUCGUCCGAAACCCAAAAAACCUAUCAUUGAAGUUGUCCAGAAAUCACAUCAACCCGAACCUGAAGAAUUAACGAUUGCACCUGAUCCUGAAAAACCUUACGAUGGUCUAGACAACGAAGCCUUCAAAGAACUAAUAGGAAAAUCCAGGCGGCCAAUAGGUAACAUCAAACUAAUCGACAUUAAUGAAGACGACUCAAUGCCAGACAGAGAUUUAAUGAUGACCAAGUCCUUGACUGAUCCGGAUCUCGCUCCCAAACCGCCAGAGGAUGAUGGUACCAUAGAUUCUACUAAAAAACGAAAACAUCAUAUUACGUUUUUGGCCCAGCAAGCCAAGGCUAAAGAGCAGGAAUUGAAGGCUGCGUGGGCCACUAGCAGGAGUAAUAGGAUGAUGAGUCGAGCUAAGUAUGGAUUUUAAUUGGUUAUUUUAUGUGGAAAUUUAAAAGAAAUAAUUAAUGUUUGUAAAAUUAUAUUUAUUUGGUCUGUAUUAUUUAUUUAUAUGAAUAAAAUAGAAUCUAAACUAAUACACAACAUAUUUGCUUUUCUGGACAUCCUUUUUUCCCUAGGUUUAAAUUGUUUGGGCAUUUUUUCGGGUCGAAACAUGCAUUGUGUUGUUGGUAGCAGUUGAGGUCUUCUGAUU